ACGGCUUACCGACUACGUCAUCAAUUUACCGAUUAACAGACGAAGUACCGGAUUUGAACCGAUCAGUUUGUUUGAUAAACAAGAGUCGGAAAUUCCGACAGUGCUACUCGUUUAAGUUGGGCACAGGUUAAGUUGGGCACCCUCAUCAUCUUCAUGUAAACAACACAACAUGGAGCAGCCUUCCAAACAUGCGAGACAGAGAGGCAAAGAAACUAUUAACGUUGACGUGAAAUUAGAAACAACUCUCACUAAUCAGUCUUGUGCAAUGAUUGUUGAAGGCUUUUUGAAAUAUAUUCUUUAUCAGCGAAAUCAAAUUCCUGUUCAGUUUGACACAUUAGAGCGAGAAGUAGCCAAGACAGAGGGUACCCCCAGCCACCACAGUGAAGUACCCACACCACAGGAACACACUGCCGACAAGGUUUACAGCAGAAAAGAAGAAAUUGCUAGACGUACACUGCAUAGCAAGAGACAACGGUGGCUGACUAAGGUCAAUAAUUUUUUGGAAGUUUUCAAUACCGUAAUGCAGACACUGCGCACCGAGUUGAAUGAUGGUAAUGUAAUGGCAGUCAAUGUCAUUUUGGGGAGCUCCAUAAUAUCUGGCCAGGAAGUUUUCUCCAUCAUUUUCCCCCGUGACUGCUCUUCAGCACCUGCCGAGUGUGAAGUUUCAAAUGGUCGACAAACUGCAAUGCAGUUCUUUAGGUAAGAAUGUAUUAGUGUUGUAAAUUUUAUACAUCAUUUAGCUUUAGGUCUCAUCAUCAUGUAUUGAUAAUGGAGGUAUGACUGUAAAAUGCGUUGAUAUAACAAUGAACUUGUUCAGAAUUUUCUCCAUACAGUCAAUACACCACCUUAAUAAAAUACUGUAAAUCUACAAACAAGAAACUACCAUUUAAUUUAAUUUCCAUGGAAAACUUCCUUGUACCACAGAAAAUUUUGAGGAGAAACCUGAUAUUACACUGUACAGUAUUUGUGAGUCGGUGCCUGGGAAAAACCAGCACCUGAUGAUAAUGGACGAGUUGACGGUUGGAAUUUUUUCAUUAGAUGGCAGGUCAGUGGGUAAAUAAAAUGCUUAAAUUCACUAUGGUAAUGAUAUUUUAAAAUAAAUUGGGCCAAAAAGUUCCAAAAUAAGAGUUAAAGUUGAUUAAAAGUCACAUGACUGCUAAAAGCUCUGUGAUUGGUUGUGACGUCACUGGUUGGUGCGAGCUUCCCAGCAGGAGGCAGC